AUGGCAACUUCCCGUUUCAAAUCUCUCAACAUCUUCGCGGUGUCUACCUAUGGCAUCUCUAUAGUCGCUUGGAUCAUAGCGUUUGCAGGCUCCAUUGCUGCAUCUACCAGUUUGAAUGACUACUAUCCCAAGUUUUCUUGGUGGUCUAUUGUGUUUCAGCUUCUUCUAUUAAUAUUUUUGCCUGUUCUAUAUGUAACCGGCUCUCUUCAUUACUACCGUAUCUUUCUUACCUGUUGCAUUGCAAUUGCAUUUAUCUACAACACCAACUCUACCAACAACUUGAUCUACUAUUCUUACUCUUCUACCGCUGCUGCAGCUGCGGGAUUUGUGAUCACCUGCAUUAUCAACGUCUUAUGGUUGUUCUACUUUGGAUCUGAUCCUAACUCUCCUGGUGUCGCAUUCUUGGACUCUUUCGGAGACGGUGAAAAUCUCUUCGUGAAUUCUAGAAGACUUGCCAAUCAGCGCAACGGCAAUACUGGAGUAGCCGGUGCCGCUGGAGCCACUGGAGCCGUUGGAGCCAUUGGAGCCAUUGGCUCCAAUGGAAUCGAUGGCACGCAACGGUCGAAUGGUGUGCCGGGGGUUACAAGAUCUGGAUCUUACACUGUGUGGGAUAAUAACCGACUCAGCGGCUCCAAAGAAAAUGGGAAUCCAUUUGAAGGAGAGCCGUAUUCUCAGGAACUUAGUGGUUUUGAGAAUUCACAGCCAGAGGACCCUGAGACUACAGCGGGUGAUGUUGGUGGUCGUGAAUCAACUACUGCCGGUUCUGCCACAGCUACUGCCCCUGCUGUUGUGUCCAAAGCAGGUGGAAUUUCUAAAGUGAUUCCAGAUUCAGAUUAUCCUAUUUUGGUGAGGGCAUUGUAUGACUAUAAUGCCAGUCCUGACGAUAUUAAUGAGAUGUCUUUCAAGAACGGGGAGGUGUUCAAGGUGAAAGAUACUACGGGUAACUGGUGGCAGGGUAAGAAUACCAAUGGUGAUAUUGGAAUGUGUCCGAGUAAUUAUCUGGAGGUGAUAAACUGA